AUGGCAACGGAUAAGAAAUCAAAGAAGAAAAGAAGAAAAGAACUAGAAGAAGAAUCUAAGACUUUGGAAAAUUCCACAGAUAUUGUCUGCCAGGAACCUCAGGAACCCGUGGAAAUUAUUGUGCAGACGGUGGAAAAGUCCAAUGAGGAAACCUUUCAGAACAUACAGGAACCACUAGAGAAACCUAGUGAAGUUGUCAUAACAGAAACACCUACUGUUUCUUCUGUAUGGGAAAAUUGUCUCCCUUCUGUACAGAAAACUAUACAGAAAUCAAAAGAACGUCUGAAACGCAGGAGAGCCUUCAAAGCCAAAGUUGAAGCUGCAAUUGAGAAAGAGAACAUAUUCUGGCUUCAAUAUGAAUAUCCUGCCAUCAGCAAUGGCCUAAAAAGAAGAGGAUGGUUGGAGAAAACAGCUCCUACCUUUAAUGCUGGUGCCUUUAACACUACAUUCUCUGAUCCAAGCGGGUCCUAUGAAUAUAAGAUGACGCUUUGGUAUGAUGUACAACCCAACCUUAUCUGGUCAAGUCCUUAUUUCAACCUUGGAGAUCUGAAUGAGGAUCAGAUGAUCAAUAAUUUUAAUUAUACAAGAUGCUUCACAACCAAGGUUGGUCUGUGCCUCAGUUUAAGGAAACUGCCUUGGUUUGCCAAAGAAGAUCCACACACUUUCUACCCUCGUUGCCACAUAGUGGCAGAGGAAAGGCAAGAAUUCAUUGAUGACUACAGAUUGACUGCUGCUCGUAGUAUCCUGAAAUGGGUUUUGAGAGUCAAUGGGAAAUCUUUGAGAGAUGAAGAGGUUAUUCCCGAAGAGAGUGAAAAGGAAGCAAGCACUGCUAUGUGCCUGACAGAUGGCGUAAGCAGGACUGCCACUCGUGUCCGUAAAUGGUUUUUGAGAAUCAGAAGAAAGAGAAAGAGCACUUCUGUCUCCCUGCCAGAUGCUAAGAUGAGCGAUCCUGGCCAUGAAAGAACUGUUCCAAAUGAUAUUAUAGUAACAGCCCUUCUGGCAUGCAAGAUGCAUCUCGACACACUGGAACAUAAAAACAUAGACGGUGACUUAGAGCCCGUAGAAGCUCAGGUGGCUGCCCGUUGGAAAGCAUUUCUACCUGACUACUAUAAAGUUGUACAGUAA